AUGGCUUCCUCCUACUCGAACCCCCCGUGUGGCGCCUGCAAAUUCCUCCGGCGCAAAUGCCUCCCGUGCUGCGUCUUCGCGCCCUACUUUCCCCCCGAGGACCCCACAAAGUUCAUCAACGUCCACAAAAUCUUCGGUGCCAGCAACGUCAGCAAACUGCUCAACGAGAUUCCGCCACAUCAUCGCGAUGAUGCCGUCACCUCCCUCGCUUACGAGGCAGAAGCCCGACUCAAGGACCCCGUCUACGGCUGCGUAGGCGCCAUCUCAACCCUCCAGCGCCAAGUCAUCACCCUGCAGAGGGAGCUGGACGCCACCAAUGCUGACAUCAUGCGCUUCGUCAGCAACCACGACGUCAUGGGCUCGUACGGUGGGCGGCGGGCGAAUCCCGGGUCGAGUUAUUCUAAUGGGUUCCUUUUGCCGUACUCGAACUGGGGGUGGAAUGCGGUGGUUAAUGCCGGGCCAGACAAGGCGCCAGGCAACGACCGGGCAGGUGGCGAUGGCCGGAGCUAG